CAAAAAUCGCCUUCGUCUUCCACUAUCCAGGGUUUUAGACAUUUCUCACUUCAUGUAAACAUUUUACUGCAAAACUCUCACUCAUGGAGCUGCUAAACUCCAGGAUUCCAAUCAAUCCUCAAUCAUCUCCAGGAAUUCAAUUCCUUACAUGGAAUAGCAUAAAAUUCCCUCCAAGGCUAUACCUAUCCAGCUCAAGAAAAUAUCAAUUGCACCCCUCAUUUUGGCGCCAUCCAUGUCGCUCCUUUCCAUCAGCAAAAUGGAAAAUCUCAGCUCUACUUGGAAAACCUAACAGCCGCCAGAAUUAUUUGAGGAAAAAGCUCACUCAACAACAGCAGCAGCAGCUGCAACAGCAGGUGAGUCUCAUUCAACACCCAGUUCGUAAGUCUGACAUUGACGACUCAAACUUUGGUGUUUCCAGUGAAACGAUCGAUAAUAUCGAGAAAAACCUUGAAACUGAAUCUAAAUUGGACAGCUUUAGUGAAGAUGGCAUGAAUCUUGAGAGUGGCAGUCCUGGUGUUCGCGUUAAUGACUCUAAGAGUGUUGAAGAAUCAGAAACCAAGUCAAAGAAAGAUAAGAAUGGUGAUUCCGUCUUGUGGAAUAAGUUAGAAAAUUGGCUUAUUCAGUAUGAGAGGGACUCGGAACUUUGGGGCAUUGGCACUGGCCCUAUAUUUACUGUUUUUCAAAACUCUGAUGGUAAAGUGGAAAGGGUAAUCGUUAAUGAGGAUGAAAUAAUGAGACGGGCCCGGAUUGAUCCGAUGUCAUACAACGAUAACAAUGAGUUGGCUGAAGUUAGCCGUAAGAUAUCUUUUGCAAAAGACCUAGCAAAUGAAAUGGAAAAUGGCAGUAAUGUGAUUCCCAGAAACAGCUCCGUGGCUAAGUUUUUGCACUCUGGUGGGAAAUCGCGUUUUAUGGAAGUGAUUCGUGGUGUCACUUUGAAACCAGGUUCAUUUCCAAAACAGUCGAGAGUUGGGUUCUUUGUAUUAUGUGGUUUGUGUCUGAUUUGGGCAGUUAGAGGGAUAUUUCUCACUGAAAAAGGUAAGAAGAUUACAAGGCUAGAGAAGGAGAUGUUGCAGAGGAAAAUAAAAGCUAGAGCCAAAAACGAGAAAAUGGCUGAAGGUAAUGUGGAAAUAGUGACGCCUCUAAUAGAGCCUAAAAUUGUGUCCUUCGAGAAGCCUCAGCUCAAUAAGGAAGAACUUGUUAAUAGCAUUAUCAAGGCAAAGGAGUCAUAUAGUGAGGUGGGAGUAGUGCAGUACGCUGGUUACCAGAACAAGGAACAAAAAGAUAAAAUUAAAGAAAUCAGGGCAAUGGCGAGGCAUGCACGAGAAAUUGAGAGAAAGGAUUUUUUGGCAGAUGAUCAUGGUAAAGAGGAUUAUCCAGCCUUGGAAGAUCUUUCUAGACAUAGUUUGAAUCCACAAAAUGAAUUCCAGAGUCGGGAAGUGUAUGAGAGAGAUUCUGAUAAAACAACAGAAUUGAGUCCUUUCACUGAUGGUGGUUUAACCGAGGAAUGUGAGACAGAAGUUUAUGAUGUUCCUAAUGUUACUGAAAGUUUGAAGCUUGAAGCAAGCAUAAUGAAACAGGAACCAAGAUCCUUGAGUACAAAUGAAGCCAACCAUCUUUCCGAAGGUCCAUUGGGCCCACUUGUAAGUUCUUCAAGAACAAAGUUGAGAAUUAUAAAAUCUGCCAAGGAAGCCAGGGAGUACCUUUCAAUGAAGCAUCAACAAUUGGAGGUUGACCAAACAGAUGAUGAAGUUAGUGCUUAUAUUGCAUCUGAUAGGACAAGCCAGAAUGUGAAUCUAACUAACGAAGUAAAUGCCUCUCCCCAUUUAAAUACAGCACAAGAUUUUUCACAUCCUUCUGAAGAUUAUGUUACUGUUGGCAAAAAAGCAGAAGAAAAUACGGAUAGCCUGGAUGACUUGAGAAAAUCUAGAAUGUCCGCAGGUGGGGAAGUUAGUGUUAGUUCUGAUUCUACAGAAGCUGAUAGUGAUUCUGAAGAUACUGAAAAUAGUGAAAUACCAGACAAAAAUGAAGUUGCCGAUGAAGCUGAGGAUAAAGCUGCAGAUCUAACGCCAUUAGUGAAUAAAGAAAACUGGUUAGAGAAAAACUUUAAUAAAUUUGAGCCCAUUGUAGAGAAGAUUGGAGUUGGGUUCAAAGACAAUUUCUUGGCUGCAAGGGAGAAAGCCAGUCUAGAACCAGAUUUAACAACUGAGCUGGCGGAACUCAAACCUGAAACUGCUUAUAGUGAACUUGAGUGGAUGAAAGAUGAAAGGCUUGCGGAGAUUGUAUUUAAAGUAAGAGACAAUGAGCUGUCAGGAAGAGAUCCGUUUCAUCUUAUGAAUGAAGAAGAUAAACAUGCAUUCUUUAGCGGCCUUGAGAAGAAAGUCCAACAAGAAAAUGAAAAGCUGCUGAAGUUGCACGAGUAUUUUCAUUCAAACAUCGAAAACCUCGACUAUGGAGCAGAUGGCAUUAGCUUGUAUGAUCCUCCAGAGAAAAUCAUACCGCGGUGGAAGGUCCCGCCCGCAGAAACGAACCCUGAAUUUCUGAAUAACUUUGUGGAACAAAGAAAGACCCUUUUCUCUGAGAGCCACAAGAAUUCAAUUUCCUCUAAGAGAACUGGAAAAAAAAUGGUUCAUAAAUCCGAAAAGCCUUCCUCCCACAAAAAUAGUCAGUUGGACAAACCUAGUACCGAGCCCCAGAAAGCUAAUUUAGCAUCUUCAAAGACCAUUAUACAAGGUAGUGAUGGUUCAAUCAAGGCUGGAAAAAGAUCAGGAAAGGAAUUCUGGGAGCAUACCAAGAAAUGGUCCCGAGGAACUUUGGAGACCUAUAAUGCUGAGACAGACCCAGAAAUCAAAGCUGUAAUAAGGGACAUGGGAAAGGAUUUGGAUAGAUGGAUAACGGAGAAGGAAAUACAGGAAGCAGCUGAUCUCAGGGACAAAAUUCCUGAAAAAGGACAAAAGUUCAUCAAGGAGAAACUCGCCAAGGUGAAAAGAGAGAUGGAGCUUUUUGGGCCCCAAGCUGUUGUGAGUAAAUAUCGUGAAUAUGGAGAUGAUAAGGAAGAAGAUUACUUGUGGUGGCUCGAUCUUCCCUCUGUGCUGUGCAUAGAAUUGUACACUGUUGAGAAUGGUGAGCAGAGGGUUGGUCUAUACUCGCUGGAGAUGGCUGCUGAUCUGGAAUUAGAUCCCAAGCAAUAUCACGAUGCUUUUCGUGAAGCCAAGGCAAACGGAUUCAGUGUGACCGUCAUAAGGAAAGGUGAACUGCAGCUCAACAUUGACCAAACCCUGGAAGAAGUAGAAGAAUUGAUCACAGAAAUCGGCAGUAAGAUGUACCACGAUAAAAUCACAAAGGAACGCAAUGUAGAUAUCAAUGUACUGAUGAAGGGAGUGUUUGGCGACACCAAACCAACCAAGAGGGGGAGGAGAAAGCAGAAAUCGAGAAGGCGCAUCAAACCAUGAAGCUAUAGCUCGACCGUCGAUAGGUUGAUAAGAUAGUCCGGCAAUUCUCGCCCUUGGCAUGUAAAAUGCCUGGUUUGUUUACCAAUGAUAAACACCAACAUUUAUCCUUGGUAAAAAAACUUGUUCUAGAGAUCUGAAUGCCAAGUUGUGGUUGGUAAAACCAAUCCGACUGACCUUGUAAUUUAUUUUGUAACAGUUCAAGACAAUGCCUACAAGUAACCAGCCCUGGUUCUGUUUUUAUGUUUGUAAAGCACUGGUUUACUUCUUUAAAAUUGUAGAUAAUUUACCUCCUACAUGGAUCAGUUGAUUUUACUUGGAAUAUUGUAAUUCGUAUAAUUUAGCAGUGUCUGAAAGUAGGUUAAGAGGUAAAGACAGAUUAACAGGGAGCUAUAUAUAUUGCCCAUUUUGGAGGAAAAAUGAAUUACGGUAGCCAACUAGGGUUUUGGAGAGAGAGAAAAUAAACCAAACAUUUUUACAUUUGUUGUAACUUGUAACAUAUCAACGUACGUAUUCCUUUCCAUCAAAUUUAGGAAGGACAACACAACACACAAACAAACGCACAGAGAAUACUAUUUCUAUUCUGUAUGCUUGAAUUUUGUUUCACCAAAAACAAACUCAUCAAUACAUUCUAAUCUUAGUUCCUUCUCUCCUCUUUUGGCCCUUUUUUUUUUCUUUCUUGUAAACGGACGUGGCAGAACAGAUUUCGUCUCGGCGACAUCAGCAGCGGACACCUAGCACGGUCCCGCGCGUGACCUCAACCGCCACCCCGCACUUCACUCGGCUCUCCACCCGGUGCAUGAACACCUUCAGCACCCGAACCCUCCCCACCAGCGUCAUCCGCGUCUCGAUCUCCAUCGUCCCCUCCGCCGCGGCGGCACCGUCGCUCAAGCCGCCGAUCGCGACCCUCUCCGGCGGCGGGAGCGGGUAGCUCUGUAGAUCGAACUUGGCGGACAUCUUCUGCCUCUCGCCGCCGCCGAUUCUGCCGGCGGGUAUGAAGACGGUCCCGACCGGCUGUCCGGAGUAGACCAGCUGCAGCGAGCUGUCGUAGUGGGAGAACUCGUCCCGGUUAGGGUUGGUGACGGUGACGUACUGGAAGAACUCGAAGUUGACGGUGCCGUUGGAGACGGAGAAGGUGGGGAACUGGACGGCAUUGACGGCGAUCAGCGGGGAUUUGGGCUUGAAGAGGAAGAAGUAAACGGCGACUGCGGCGGCCGCGAUGGCGAGCAGGAAGACGGUGGCGACCGCGCAGGACGCUAGGUUGGUGCGGCCGCUCCUCGAUUUGGCGUUGUGAGGGUAAUAAGGGUUGGGAUUAUGGUUAGAUCUGUGAGGGAAAUGGGGAUCGCCCAUUUCUGGUAAAAAUGGUAGAGAGAGAGAAUGUGGAAAGGCAAGGGUGAUUGAUGAUAUAUUAUUUGCUAGUGGGUUUUGGCAUCAAUCAAGUAUUAUCAUCUACUUUUACAAAAGGAAAAAACCACACAAGCAAGCAAAGAAAAAUGAUACUAUGAUUUUGCUUUUUGUAAGUACUAAUUUUGCCUAGUAAUCCAUUUAUCAAAGACUCAUCAAGCUUUUGACUUAAU